CACACUCCGAACCAAACACACGCAUCCAGCCUCUCAGUUGACGCUUCAGUGUUCAGCGCGGUGGAAACCCCGAGCACUUCCGGUCAGAUAAAACAAUAACCUGUGUAAGAUCUGUGAGAUUUAUUUUUUUUAAACGCUGUUCGCUCUGUCUCCGACCUGAUCCGAUCUGCGCGCGCGCGCGUGUGUGUGUGUGUGUGUGAGUGUGAGUGAGCAUGUCCGGGACCGGAGAACCGUACGGAGAGGAGCGCGAGCUGCCCGGGCCGUGUUUCGGGCGGAUGCGCGAGGAGAAGGAGGAGGAAGAGGAAGAGAAGAUGAAGGCGCUUAAACCGACCUGUCCGGGUGAUGAUGCGCGCGGAGGAACCGGCGUUGCCAUGGAAACUGCAUCCUCAGAUUCUGUGUCUAAUCUGUUCCUGAACUCUUCCUCUGAGCGGAGUGACCUCUACACCUCCCUCCUCUCCUCCAACUCCUCCUCCUCAAACCUGUUCAGUGCCGGCGUUCCUCUCUUCUCCUCCAAGGAUGAUCGUUCUCCUCCCGCUCCUCUGGGGAGCGACUCUGGAAUUGGGAUGACCCCCGGUGACCCCUGCGACCUCCACACCCAGAAAAGCGAGCCCUACAACUACAUGGAUAUGAGCGACAAUCUUUGUGACCUUGGUAACCGUAGUAACACUGGCUCAAAAAAGCAGCCAGUAAGGAGCCACAUGGAUCCUGAUGAUGAUGAUGAUGAAGAUGAUGAAGAUGAUGAAGAUGGGUCCAUGGAUUUUAAGUUGAAGAUGGAGAAGGAGCCGUUCAAUUUGGGAAGCUACCUGGAGAAGAAUCCUGAAAGCCUGGCAGUGAAGGGAGAACUGGGAAACACCUUCCCGUACGUGGAGGACCAAUCGGACGACGAGUUACUAGAGAACAGACCACGCCCUGUCAGUCCAGUGAAGAUCACCGUGACGACAGAUUCCUGUAUCCUAGUAACAGAGCAAGCACGAGGUGGAGUGUCUGAGAGGGAAAGCGUACUGAGUUUGGGAAAAGAAGGAGUUCCUACGGUAACGCUGUCCGAACCAGAGGAUGACAGCGCUGCUUCAUCUGUCAAUCAUUCCCCUAGCCACUCCCCUACAGGAAGAGAGUCGCCCUCGGACAUCUUGUUCCAGCCCGUAAGGAUGAACAACAGCUCCCUCUAUCAGGAGACCAAGGUCCCUAUGAAGCCCUCAUCACUGUUUGGGAUGCGGGACAGCGGAGAAUCCGGAGAAUCCGAAAUCGAGCCUGAUUCCCCAAGACGUGAAAAGCAGUUCAGCGCCAAAGACAGACCUGGCAACCCGUUUGAGCCGUCAGUCGCGGGUGUGGAGAUGAACCGAGGCAACAAGGGAAGAUCUAACAAUCCUUUCGAGGUCUCCGUGAACACGAAGGGGGAAUUUGUGCAACAUGGCAACCCCCCGCUUUACAGCCUGCUGCGUGAGGAGAGGGAGGCGGAGCUAGACAGUGACCUGCUCAUCGAGUCGGCUUCUGAGGAGAGCCCUAAGAGGGAGCAGGUACUGAAGUGCACCCUAAAACCGAGCUCCCCUCUGAGCUCACCUCCACCUGUGAGCAGCGCCGUCUCACCGCCUCGGAAAGAGAAAGAACAGGAAGUAAAGGAAGAAAAGAAGGAAAAGCCCAGCGCAGCACUGAGAGAGGAAUCCAACACUCAGACGCAACAACAGGAAGAUAAAAUGUACACCAAAGCCAAGCCUGGAGUGACGGCGUCUUGUGAACGGCGCCCUCUAGAGGACGGAGGGAAUAAAACUGCGGUGAUUAGUACUGAAGAAAAAAGAGACGCUAAAGAGGCGGAGCUGCUGCCCUUCCUGCACCACUUCAACAAACAGAAAGUGGUGGAGCUGCUGCGCUGGCGGGACGUGAAACAGACGGCCGUGUUGUUCAGCAGCGUGUUGUUGCUGCUCUUCUCUCUGACUCAGUUCAGCGUGGUGAGCGUGAUCGCGUACCUCGCCCUCGCCGCGCUCUCCACCACCAUCAGCUUCAGAGUGUACAAGUCCGUGCUGCAGGCCGUGCAGAAGACCGACGAUGGACACCCCUUCAAGGCGUAUCUGGAGAAGGAGAUCUCUCUCUCCCCUGAGCAGAUCAGUAAAUACGUGGAGAAAGUGCAGCUCUAUGUGAAUUACACACUGAAGGAGCUGCGUAGGCUGUUCCUCGUCCAGGACCUCGUCGACACGUUAAAGUUUGCAGUGUUGAUGUGGUUACUGACGUACGUCGGCGCUCUGUUUAACGGCCUCACUCUACUCCUUCUGGCUGUGGUGUGUGUGUUCACCGUGCCGCUGGUGUAUGAGAAAUACCAGAAACAGAUAGAUCAGUAUCUGGGACUGGUGAGAACGCAGGUGAACUCUGUAAUGACGAAGUUGAGGGAGAAGGUUCCGGGAGCGAAGAGGAAGGGUGAAUAAAAUCCCUCCAUCUAAAAGCCCCUUAACACUGCAAAGCCAGUAACGAUUACAGCAAGGCUGCGUCCCAAUCCUGUUUAACACGCCCUCCUCGACUUCUGCUUCCCCUUCACUAGCUCGUAACGUACAGUCAUCAAGCUGACAUCGCUGCGGCCUUCAGGAGCACAAAUCACCCAGAAUGCACUGCUCCGUGAACCCUAAGCCCUGAGGUUUGGGUUUUUGACCCGACGGGAGCACGUAGUGUGUAACCCUCGGAGGAAAUCAUCUGCGCUACACAGUUCGUGCUGCGUGCACAGUCCUCCGUGUGAUACACACUCCAUGCACACACUGCUAAAGCGAAGUCGACGAGGGUGUUUUAAAGAGGAGCCCGAGCCUGUAGGUGUGUGCGAUCACAAACCAUCAGGAUUAUGAUGACGCUGUAUCGGGAAUUUAUGAUAUCAUCACCAUGUUGUAUAUCUUAAUCAAACAUGAUCACAUGAUUAGCUCUAGCUGCUCUGAUUGGACCGCAUGUUAGCCAACCAACAGCCUCAAAUCGGUAAUCAUCAUGAUAUGAUUCGGGGUGAUGAUCGACACAUGCCUAUAAAAAUACAUUUCAAAAGAAUUGAAAAAGCACACAGUAAUGAAUAUUAAUCAGAUUAAACCCUGCCAAAACAAGUUUCGAUACGAUACGAAGUCAUUCAUCACGACGCCACUGCCGUAUGCGCUACACGGAUUUACAGAUUUGAUCGAUUUACAAAAAUAGGCCACGCCCACAAGAACGUGUUUGUGCAGGACAGACGGACGAUGCCGCUAGAUUAAAAUAAACAAACAACCGUAAUGUUCAAAUGAAUAAACAGUGUGUUUUUGUGAAAGAGUUAAGUGCUUUAAACAGAGUAAAUGCUAUUUACUGAGCGCCGUAAACACGUGUGGCCAUCUAGUGGACAGGAGUAACAACUGCAGUCCAACAUAAGAAAAUAAUAUGAAUCUCUUCAGUGCUGUUACUCUACAGUAAAAUCAGCAAACAAACAAACAAACAAACAAACAAACAAACAAACAUCCGACACCUGGGACACACACUGAAUCAUUAAUAACGUCACCAUUAAAAUCUCCCAGACUGCCAGUAGAGGUGAAGGACACGCGCUUUUUCUCUCAUUUAACUUCGGAUUAAAACGCAUGCAUGUCAGUCUUUAGUAAAUAUUAUUAAAAUAUCACUUUCUUUCUGUGCUUUCAUUCUGCACUGCUUCAAUCUAACUGUAAGAACAUCUCUCUCUCUCACACACACACACACACACACACACACACACUCCUGCUCAGUCGCCGUUACAUCACUGCUUACACACACACACGUAUUAAUAUGAAUAUAUUGUGAAUGAUUUUCUCCUGUGUGUGUGUGUGUGUGUGUGUGUGUUGAACACAGGAAUAUGAAAGUGUGUUAAGUGUAAUUCUGCUUUUGUAAAGUCAUGAGCGUGUUCAGUUCAGUGUCGGUGGUUUGAGCUCAGCGUGGACUCUGUAACUGUUUGCUCUCACGUAUUUAAUUGAUGAACAAAAUAAAUAAAUGUGCUGUAAUGUAAAACGUGUGUUACACGUGUGUGCAAUGAUUGAUUUAUAAAAAUAGGCCACGCCCACCCGAACGUGUUUGUGCAGGACAGACGGACGAUGCCGCUAGAUUAAAAUAAACAAACAACCGUAGUGUUCAAAUGAAUAAACAGUGUGUUUUUGUGAAAGAGUUAAGUGCUUUAAACAGAGUAAAUGCUAUUUACUGAGCGCCGUAAACACGUGUGGCCAUCUAGUGGACAGGAGUAACAACUGCAGUCCAACAUAAGAAAAUAAUAUGAAUCUCUUCAGUGCUGUUACUCUACAGUAAAAUCAGCAAACAAACAAACA